AACAAAUUGAAUUCAACAUGACCAAGGAAGAUGCUUGCCGUAUUUGUUGUAAAACUGAAUCGUUCGAAAUGUUUCGCCUUUCGGAUCCAUCGUUUGAUGGCAGCAGGACGACUGCUCAAGUGAUAGAAGAUUGCUUUGGCUUAUCGAUAUCGGAAGAGGAAAUGUCCAGUUUGCAUUGUGUAGAUUGUAAAAAUGAUCUGAUAGUUGCACUAAGGCUAGUUACUAAGAUUCGGGAAUCGGAUAUCAAACUUAAAUCGAUACUAAACAUACCGAAAGUUGAAAUUGUAGAACCAAGCGAAAAUAACAUAUCUUCUGUUUUCAUCGCCGAAGGUGAAAUCAAGUCGGAAAUAAAUGACGAAGGUUUUGAUAAAGUUGAAGAUGGGCUUGGUGAUCCGCCGGAAUCUCCACCAAAAACACCUCCCAAAAAACGUGGACGUCCAAGAAAGCUAAGUGUCGCACAUGCUAUUGAAAUACCCGAUGAUAAUCAGGAAUCUGUUGAGAUUGCUAAAGAAGAACAACCUGUCGAGAAACUGAUAAAAGAUCUAGAUAUUUCCAGUAAAGCUAGACGUUUCAGUACCUACUCAACUCGUUCGGAUGAUGCUCUUUCGGCUUCUUCGGGCGAUUCGGAUGAUACUGACUUCGAACCUGAUGCCGACUCGCAUGAUGAAUCCGAUGAACAGGCAGCCAGGAAACGCUCAUACUACGGUGUGAAGCUGAACUCUGAGCCGAAAAGGUGCUGUUCGUGUAAGAAUUUUCCACUCGAUUCUCAUGACAAGGUUGAAGAGCAUUCCGAUAAAUAUCAUCUCAAGAUGCGCGUGACAAAUCCGAAAGAUUACGGCGAUAAUUUAUUUGAGUGUCCGGUUUGUUUUGUAAGAUUCAAUGUAAAGAAGCUAUUUCUUCAGCAUCAACGGAAAAUGUACGUUGAUAUGUUGCAUCCCUGCAAGCAGUGUGAUGAGGAAUUUGCCAAUUUUUACGUUCUUCAGAAACACAUACAGCUCAAUCAUAAACGAAAGUUGAAACUUCGCGAGCUUGAGGAAAUGCGUAUUAAAAGUAACAUUUGUUGCGGCUGUCGGACGAAGUUCAACUCCCAGGAGGAGUUGAAGGAGCAUGCCAUAAAAGUUCACCUACCACAGCGCGAGGCUCCGGAUGGUGAAAACACCGUUGAGUGUGAUGUUUGCUACAAAACUUAUAAGUCUAUCAAGUAUCUUAAGGAUCAUAGGUUGCGAUUCUUCAAGAAGAAGAACCUAAUAUGUGCGCAGUGCGGUCGUAGUUUCCGUGAAAAAGCUCAGCUAGAAGGGCAUGAAGACUCUCAUCGCAACGUUCGGAGAUACGAAUGUCCUAUUUGCCACGCCAAAUUCUCAAUGAAGGCUUCUUGGCAAGCUCAUGUAAAAUACCACGACGCUCAGGAAAUCUACCAUUGUGAGUAUUGUGGAAAGGGUUUCCGAAAGAAAGGAUUGAUGAAGGCACAUCUGCGUAUUCAUUCCACCGAUAGACCACACAAGUGUCCAAUGUGUCCACUUACGUUCACUCAGAAGAACCGACUGAACUCUCACGUGCUGGAACAUUCCGGUCUAAAGUCAUUCAAAUGCGAUCGCUGCCCUGCAUCGUACGUCCAUCAGCGGGCUCUUCGGCGACAUGUCCGCGAUAAACACGAAGGAAUUCACAGUUUCAAGUGCAACAUUUGUCCAAAGGGAUUCAUCGAACUGAAACCAUUGUUAGUUCAUUUGAAAACUCACGAAAGAAGUCAUGAGGCGACUUUUUCAAAAAGUUAA